AUGGAGGUGGCCUGGAGCCACGUCGCCGUCGCCGUCGCCGCCGUUGCCUGGGCGCUCGCGGCCGCCGCGGCGCGGGCGCGGCCUCGGGGCAUGGCGACGAAGGAGUGGCUCCAGGGCCUCGUGAUCGCCCACUUCCCGGCCUUCUACCACAAGCACAUCCUGCCGGCCGUCUACGGCGACCUGACGGCGUCGAUCAACGUCGGGCAGCCCUACCUGCGCGACCUGCUCCCGACGCUCGAGGCGGCGCCGAGCCUCGGCGCCGCGUCCUUCGGGCCCGGCGACGUCGUCGACCCCUCUCCCGACGCCGCGGGCAGCCGCAAGAUCGUCGCGACGAGUCUGCUCCCGCGGAUGCUCGAGGCGCUCGCGGACUACGAGACGGGCGCGACGGGCAAGAUGUACGCCGCCGUCGACGCGCUCGUCGAGGCGUGCCUCCCCCACGUCGGCGCCUGCCCGGACGGGACCCGGCCGACGCUCGACCGCUGCGUCUACUACUGCAUGAACAAGGAGCGCGGCGCCUACUUCCCCGUCAUCCACUGGGACACGGACUGGGUCCAGUUCCCGGGCGCCGCGGGCUUCCAGCUCUGGUUCCUCGCGCGCGCGCACGGUCGCGCGGGCGUCGGCAACAUGUUCAUGGUGUCGACGCCGGACCUCCGGCCCGACGACCCGAGCGUGCGCUACGUCCCGACCAAGGGCGGCGGCCUCGCGAAGAUCUUCCACGACUCCUCGGCCCACGAGUACCCGCUCAAGCGCUUCGCGUCCGUCGCCGACGCGGGCCUCCGCUUCGAGUACCUCGCCAUGGCGCCCGGCGACUGCCUCAUCAUGUGCAAGCGCCACCUCCACAUGAGCGACCCGCGGCUCCUCCUCGACGGCGAGGCCAACGACCGCCUCGCCGUCAACUUCCGCGUCGUCUUCACCGAGGCACCCGGCGCCGGCGCGACGAUCCCCUUCUGGCCCUACCACUCCUACAACCUCGCCUGCCACCAGCGGCUCAAGCACCGGGCCUUCACCGACGGGACCAUGGACGCCGACGAGACCUGCCACAUCACCGUCGCCGCGGCGCCGAGCCUCGACGCCCAGCUGCGCGAGCUCUGGGCCGUGCGCGACGGCUUCUUCGCGUCGGACCCGGCGGCGAAGGCGGCCCUCGUCGCGCGGCGCGUGUCGAGCCUCGUCGCCGCGGCCGAGGCCUGCGACGCGUCGAGCGCCGAGGCCCGCGCGCGGUCCGCCUUCGUGCGGGGCCGCGCGCUCGACGCGGGCGACGCGUACGACCCGGCGGCCGAGGCGGCGCUGAGCCGCGCGGUCAAGCUCGCGCCCGACGACGUCGCCGCGUGGAACGCGCUGGGCCACGCCUUCUGGAAGAAGGGGGACACCGCCGGCGCCGGCGACUGCUACGAGGCCGCGCGGUCGCGCGCGGGCGACGCCGUGUCCGCGCGCGCUUUGAGCCAGCUCGCGCGCGCGGGCCCGCGGCCGGCCGACGGCGCCUUCGACCGGAGCGUCGCGCUGGCCAAGGACGCGCUCCGGUGCGACCUGGGGGACGGCGAGUCCUGGUACGUCCUGGGCAACGCGCACGUCGCGCGGUUCUUCUCGCGGGGCGCCGGCGGCCGCGACCCCCGGGACCUCCGGUUCGCGGCCAAGGCCUACGCGUCCGCCGAGGCCAAGUACGACAAAACUUGGAAGGACCCGCCGGACGUCGGCGGCAUUCGUGGAACCUUCGGGAACCCGGACCUCUUCUUCAACCGCGGCCAUUUACGCCGCUACGUCGAGGACUACGCGGGCGCGUGCGCCGACUUCGGGAAGGCGCGCGACCUCGACGGCGCGCUCCCGGCCCAGGACGCGAUCGACGACACGCAGCGCUGGGUGCGGCGCGUCGAGGAUUUGGUGCGGCGCAAGGGCGCGCUCAAGCCGAAGCGGCGCUACGAGCUCGACGCGGCCCUUCGGUCGAACGCGGGGCUCAAGGCGCCCGCGGGCUACGCGGAGCGGACGCUCGCGGACCUCGUCAAAGCGCCCCUGGGCGCGUCCGACGCCGACGCCGCGGCCCACUUCCGCAGCGCGGCGAACGCCCGGACCUUCGUCGUCCUCGUCGUCGCGCUCGAGCUCCGCCGCGACGGCGCGGUGCCGCCCGACGCGUAUUUGGCCUUCGGCCGGGGCAACGCGGCGACGCCCUGCGUCGCGCUGAGCGUCUACGACGGCGACACGGCGAAGCUCGCGCCGGGCGCCGUCGUCGUCGUCCUCGACCCCGUCGUCGUCGACGUCCCGUCGCCCGACGCGGGCGGCGACGGCUACGCCGCCGUCCACUGCGGCGACGCGGCCAAGAUCCUCCUCGACGGCAAGCCCCUCCCGACGCGCGCCGCUUUUUCGAAGCCGUCCGUCGCCGCGGGGCGCCCCGUGGCCGCGAGCGCGACGGCGUGCCACGUCGCGCGGGAGCGCGUGGGCGCGGCGGACGGCGCGGGCGACGUCGUCGGCUCGUACGACGGCGCCGGCGUCGGCGCCGGCGUCGGCCGCGCCGUCGGCGCGUACGACGGCUCGUACGACGGCGGCGGCGUCGACGGCGCCGGCGACGGCUCCGGCGACGGCGGCGCCGACGGCGCCGGCGUCGGCCGGCGCGUCGGCACGGCCGACGGCGCGGGCGACGGCGGCGGCUUGAAGACGGCGUAG